AUGGACCACGAGCAGGUGCCGCCUCUCCUCGGAAUAUGGGGCCAACUUGGUCUAGAUACCAAAACCUUCAGUUGCACGAUCCUUCCGAAAGAUAGCAAGUCGCCAAAGAAGUAUCUGUUCGUAUUCGGUUUCGCUCUGCCGUGCCUCGUCAUCAUCGUGUCUUACUCUUGUAUCUACUGGCGAGUUAGAGAGAGCAAGAGGAAGCUGGAGGGCAGAAGCAAACUCAGUGGCCAGACGGCGAAAGAGAAGGAGGAGGAUUCGCGUCUGACGACGUUAAUGCUCACGAUCUUCCUUUGUUUCCUGGCGUGCUUCCUCCCGCUGAUGAUCAUGAACGUGGCCUUCGAUGGUAUAACUUACCCUUGGUUCCACAUAAUAGCGUCUAUUUUGGCUUGGGCUUCCAGCGUCAUCAACCCUCUGAUAUACGCAGCAACGAACAGACAGUAUAGAGCGGCAUACGCGAACUUAUUGAAGUUCUGCAGGAAUAAUCCGGUCGCCAGACGAACCACCUGGGGCAGUAGAACGGUAGGACAGUCUUCGAACUCGCCCAAUUACGUUGAAAAGAGGAAUCCUGUAAAAGACAACCCGACUAAAUUAUGAGGUUCCGAAUUAAACAGAGACAUAAACACUUUCUGAUUAUUGUCGAUUUCCUGUUUUCGUUUUUCAUUUCAGUUUGAGGUUGAUUUAUCGAUUACUAUACAAAUUAAAAACG